GCUCCUACCAUUUAAGUUGAAAACAUGAGUCCCAUCACAAUAGCAGAUACCACGAAGGGUCCAAACAACGUCUCCUUCUACCAUCUUGUAAUCCGUUCGUUAAAAAGAAUUCAAAAAUGUACCCGCAGUAUAAUCCCUACUCCGUUCACAUUUUACAUGCUGGUCACUUAUUAGCAAAAACAACACCAAUUCCCCCAUUGCUUUAUGCAUGUAUAUAUACAACCCACAACACCACUCAUUUUCAUCAACUCAGCUGAGCCAUAGCAAACACCAGUUCCCCCAUUUGAACCCAGCAUCAAACACAUGAUGUCUCUCACCCACCACCAUCUACUGUUCCCCUGUUGCCUUCUUCUCCUGCUGGUUCGGCUUUCCGGAGCCAGCGGCGUGUCGCCAUGGCAGCUCAUCACGCCGUCCGUCCCCGGCAGGUUGGUGUUCCCCCCGCCACCGUCUGUCCCAGCAGAGAAUGCCACCCUCGAAUACAUGGACCCCACCCUCCCGCCGCUCCUCCCCGCUCACAACCCAAAAUGCUCCCUCCUAGUCCUCCAAUACAACUUUGCCGACACCGUCGGCGCCCCGCCCGUCGCCGCCAACUACACCCCGCCCCCUGACUGCCCCGCUCCGUGGUCCCGCGUCGUGCUUGAGCUCUCUGCCUCCGCCUCUGGCCUCCAGAAGGACCGCAUUGCCGCCCUGUGGCUCGACGGUGCGGAGAUCCUCCCCCCCACGACCCCAUACCCGAUGGCCCCCGGCGUCUUCUGGCGGGUGCGCAAGGACGUCACCCGCUACACUGCGCUCCUACGCGGCCGAUCCCCUUACGAGGGUGACCAGCCGUGUGUUCUCUCGAUGAUGCUCGAGAAUUCCAAUGCCAAGUACCCGGGCGUCUACUCCGUCAACGUCUCCCUCCAUUUCUACCGCGGUGCACUCUGCAGCGGCGGCAGAUGCAUUGGGCUCAAACCGGCCGGAGAAACUAAACGAGCCGAGCUCGGGCCAGCACUCUCCGCGCAUCCAACAAUAAAAGGAAUCUACCGCGAGCCGGCCGACAUGAUCAUCCCCAUAUCGAAUGGCGACGGCCGCAAAGGCUUCUGGUUUCGCCUCGAGAACGAGACUGAAGUGCAAGGCACGACGGUGCGACUGCCGAAUAACACCUACCGUGCAGUCCUGGAGGUCUAUGUGUCGCACCACGGUGACGACGAGUAUUGGUACGCCAACCCCCUCCGCACCAACGGGCCCGAGGCGGAGGGGUUGCAGCCUCAACAAGGCGGCGACAACCGCCUAGAAUCUUCCAAGGCAAACGGCGGCUUCCGCCAGGUGGUGGCCACAGUCGACGGGCGCUACGUCGGCUCCGCAAUUCCGUUUCCUGUCAUAUAUCCAGGGUCCGUGAACCCCUUCUUCUGGGCCCCUGUGGCGGCCAUCGGCGCGUACGACCACCCGUCUUACGACCUCGACCUCACGCCGUUCGUCGGCCAUCUGAUCGACGGAGCACCGCACGUGUUCGGGCUGGCGGUGCGCGACAGCCAGCCGUUCUGGCUCGUGUCGGCAAACCUGCACGUGUGGGUGGAUGCAUGGUCCGACACGGUGGAGGGGGCGCUCGUGCGGUACAAGGUGCCGCCGUUCCGUUUGAGCAGACAAGCGGACUGGACGGAGCGGGAGGGGAAGUCGGAGAUCGAAGGGCAGGUCAUAAUCCGGUUCUCCGGCUGGGUCAGCUCGUCGAAGGGGAACAUCACGACGAGCGUUCGGCACAAGAUCAAGUUCAAGAGCCACAUCGAGGCCGAGGAGAAGGGGGAGAUGACCAGCGUCGAGUUGGAGAGCAAGGCCCGGACCAACAUCAGGAUAGAAAGGGAGGAUCAGGUAAUCGGCCGGGUGGCGGUGGAGACGGAGACGCCGCUGACGAUGGCUACGAUGAGCUCGAACGGGGGCGGGGGGUCGAGAUUCCACAAGACGAAGCUGGCGCACGCGCUGAUGGAGACGCGGAGCGUGGCGGAGAACAAGGGGACGAGCUUCAGCGCGGUGGCGGACCGGCAGGAUUCGGAGGGCGCGGUGCUGAUGGAAGAGGGAGUGGCCAUGUGGGGGAAUGGCGACACCAAGUCGGUGUACAAGUACCGCGACGACAAAGGGUGUUACCUGCGGACGGUGAACGUGGUCGGCGGGAAGGUGAAGGAGGAUGAGGACACGGCGUCGUGCGCGGCCGCGGCCGUCGCAGAGUCGUAGUACGAAGGCACCAACGCACAGCAAGCAAAUUCUGAAGGAUGGCUACUUGUGUAGUCUUUUGUUGUCAUAUAGAUCGAGUUAUAUCGUAUAAUAGUGUCACUCUCUAUACACGACCGCAUAAUCUUUUAUUAGUUGUUUAGUAAAAUCUGUUUUGCU